AUGAUUAAGGUCGACGGGUCAAAGUUCAGGUUCAAGAUCAAGAUCAAUGUCGUGCUCGAAUGCUCAGAACCGACAACUACUCAACAGUGCUCAGAACCGACAACCACUCAACAGUGCUCAGAGCUGACAACUACUCAACAGUGCUCAGAACCGACAACUAUUCAACAGUGCUCAGAACCGACAACUACUAAACAGUGCUCAGAACCGACAACUACUCAACAGUGCUCAAAACCGACAACUACUCAACAGUGCUCAGAACCGACAACCACUCAACAGUGCUCAGAACCGACAACUACUCAACAGUGCUCAGAACCGACAACUACUCAUCAGUGCUCAAAACCGACAACUAUUCAACAGUGCUCAGAACUGACAACCACUCAACAGUGCUCAGAACCGACAACUACUAAACAGUACUCAGAACCGACAACCACUCAACAGUGCUCAGAGCUGACAACUACUCAACAGUGCCCAGACCUGUCUACCACUCAACAGUGCUCAGAACUUGUGUUUUCUGAUUUGUGUGUUCAAAUAAAGUCUACAGAAAUAUUAAAAGAUGUAUCCGGAUCAGCAAGAAGUGGAGCCAUGUUGGCUGUGAUGGGACCGAGCGGUUCAGGGAAGACAACUCUUCUUCAUUCUCUGGCCGGAAAAGUCAAUAUUAUUUCCGGGGACAUAACUCUUAAUGGAUCACCAUUUAACAAGCAACAGCGCCGUCGUCUUGGUUACGUGAUGCAGGACGAUGUAUUCCUUUCCAACCUGACGUUGUGGGAAACACUUUAUUUUACAGCCAUGGUACGAGUGUCGGACAGAAUUCCUAAGCAGGAGAAGUUGGAUCAAAUACAAAAGAUUGUCACAGCUCUUAAACUUCAGCACUGUCUCAAUACAGUAAUUGGAGACAUAUUCCAGAGGGGGUUAUCAGGAGGGGAGAGGAAAAGGACGCACAUAGCGUGUGAGUUGUUGACAGAUCCGGACAUAUUCCUCGUAGAUGAGCCAACGUCCGGUUUAGACUCGAGUACUGCACACAGUCUGAUGGUACAACUGAAGAACUACGCCACGGAGUACAACAAGACUAUAGUGGUCACCAUUCACCAGCCCUCCAGUAAAAUCUUCCACAUGUUCUCCUCGUUACUGCUGCUGGUGGAGGGGCAGUCGGUGUACUGUGGUCCUGCUCCCUCAGCUAUCCCUCACUUCACUUGCCUCGGAUUCCCGUAUAAUUCGCGGUUUAAUCCUGCUGACUACUUGUUAGGACUGUUAGAUUCAGAUGAACUUACCAUCAAUACAAUAAAGACCCGAAGCAAGGAGCUCAGCAAUGCCCAGACUGUGCCAAUUGGCUAUCCACAGCAUCAAUGCCAGGACAAUAGUACAGCCUCUAGGAGUGACACGGACAAGACAACUGGGGCGUUCGUCUUAGCUCUGGAGGAGAGGGAGACAGCUCGCUGGCUAACAUCGUCCUGGAACCAGUUAAAGAUGUUGAACUGGAGAUCCUAUAAGCAAGCGAAAGGAAGAAUAUUCCAAAAAUAUGACGUCAUACAUGCUAUCUUGUUGGCUGUCAUAUUUGGAAUGGUGUACUUCCAAAUUGAAAACAGCGAAAAGACAUUACGAGAUAAGAUGGGACUGGUUUGCAUUUCUCUUCUGCAUUGGGAGUUUCAAAUCACUGUUUCAACGAUACUGAGUUACUCCGCUGAUAGAGAUGUUGUCUGGAAGGAGAGAACAGUUGGAGCCUACAGUCUGUCCAUCUUCUAUCUGUCCAAACUAACAAGUGAACUACCCCUACUACUGGUCAUACCGACCCUGUUUAACACGGCCGUGUACUGGACAGCUGGUCUCGGAGGUGUGGUCGGUUACUUCGUCUAUUGUAGUAUCGGAAUCCUUAACUGUCUUUUGAUACAGGGUGUGGCAAGCUGCAUUGGAAUCUGGUUUCUCGAUAUAAAGCUCGGAUUCCGCCUAAUGGAUGUGUGUAUUCUGGGUGGAACAUUGAUAGGCAAGUGUUAG